AUGGCACACUCACAUUCUCAUGAAAACGGAGGUUCUCACUCCCAUGACAACCCCGCAGAAGACCAUGGCCACACCCACGAGAUCCUCGACGGACCGGGCAGCUAUAUGGGCCGCGAGAUGCCCAUCAUCGAGGGAAGAAACUGGUCUGAACGUGCUUUUACUGUUGGAAUUGGAGGACCCGUCGGCUCCGGAAAGACAGCUCUCAUGCUCGCAUUAUGCCUAGCUCUACGAGAGAAAUACUCCAUAGCCGCCGUGACAAACGACAUCUUCACGCGCGAAGACGCCGAGUUCCUCACCAAGAACCUCGCUCUUCCGGCGUCGCGCAUCCGGGCCAUUGAAACAGGCGGCUGUCCCCACGCCGCUGUGCGGGAAGAUAUCUCGGCCAACCUGGCCGCCCUGGAGGACCUGCACCGGGAGUUCACAUCGGACAUCUUGCUCAUUGAGUCCGGCGGGGAUAACCUGGCUGCAAAUUACUCGCGCGAGUUGGCGGAUUUUAUCAUCUAUGUCAUCGAUGUUAGUGGUGGGGACAAGAUCCCGAGGAAAGGCGGACCGGGGAUUACGCAGAGUGAUCUGUUGGUUGUGAACAAGACGGAUUUGGCUGAAGCCGUGGGCGCAGAUUUGGAGGUGAUGGAUCGGGAUUCGAGGAAGAUGAGAGAGGGUGGCCCGACCAUCUUUGCGCAGGUCAAGAAAGGGAAGGGAGUCGAUCAUAUUGUUGGUCUGAUUGAGAGUGCGUGGAGAGGAAGUGGUGCGGGAGCGGUUAGUACGCAACGAGGAGGACCAAAGGGCACACCCGGCUUGGAGGAGCUGAAGUAG